UCAACCAACCAUCUCGGUUUUACCACGCGCGCCGGCGCGGCGUGUUCGACGGUCUGGAACAUUUCUUCGGGCGUUAUCAGUCACCGACGUUGUGCGAACGUGGUCGGACGUCACUCUCUCUCUGUCUCUCUCUCUCUCACUAGAGGCGGAAGUGAUACGGAGCACAUCUACGCUCGCACAUCGUACAUAUCCGGUCCGUCGCGACGCCAGAAGUCUCGUUACCGCUGCCCACACCGGAACGUUCACGCAGCACUCCGACUCCACAGCGAGAACAAAGGCGGUGAUGUCGGACGAGGCGGCGGCGGCGGCGGCUGGGGUCCCGGAGGCGGCGGGGGCGGCCUGGGAAGACGUGUCCCCGGAGCUGGACCUGGGCCCGCCCCCGGAGGCGGUGCUGGAGUACGCCCGCCAGCACCUGGGCGAGUCGCCCGACACCAAGAUGGCGGCCGUGCAGGAGCUGCGCGACUUGGUGUACGAGCGCGGGGAGGCACAGCCGCACCGCACGGACGACGCCUUCCUCGUGCGGUUCCUGAGGGCGCGCCGCUUCGACGUCGAGAAGGCGCACCAGCUGAUGGUGGACUACUACUCGUUCAAGGAGGCCAACCCUGACCUGCACGAGGACGUCCACCCUCUGAGGCUGAGGUUCAUCGGGGAGGACGGGGUCAUGAGCGCCCUGCCGUACCGCGACCAGACGGGGCGGCGGGUCAUCAUAUACAGGAUAGGCCAGUGGCGGCCGGGCGCCUACUCGGUGGACGAGCUGCUCAAGACCUCGGUGCUGCUGAUGGAGCUGGCCGUGCUGGAGGCGCGCACCCAGGUACUCGGCUACAGCUGCAUCUUCGACAUGGCCGGGCUGUCGCUCUACCACGCGUGGAACGUCACGCCCAGCGUCGCAGCCAAGGUGGUGCAGCUGCUCGUGAGCAGCUUCCCAAUCAGGACGCACGGCAUCCACAUAGUGAACCAGUCGUGGGUGUUCGACAUCAUCUUCUCCAUAUUCAGGCCCUUGUUGAACGAGAGGAUGCGCAGCAAGAUCCACUUCCACGGCGCCGACAUGGAGAGCUUGCACGCGCACGUGCAGCCCAAGUACCUGCCCGAGCGGUACGGCGGCUGCCGGCCCGAGUACAGCUACACGCAGUGGCUGGACUCGCUCACCAGGAACACCGCAAUCAUCAAGGAAAUGGAGAGCUUAGGCUACGUCUUCGACCCGGCCGAGCUGAGUCAAGAUGCGGAUCUAAUCGAGGAUUCGCAGUCGGGUUCGGCGUGACAGGUGUCACAGAGUCAAGAGACGAGUCAACCAUCCUGUCACCACAAGGGCGAAGGCGACGAAGAUUCAUCGUCUCAGCCAUAUCUCCGACAGCAACCUUCAUUCCGUUGGGCGGAAACAAGAGAGAAGCUGCAUCUCUACUCCAGUAGGCCUACCUACAUAUUUUGUUACAUAAUACCAGUGACGUUCUGAAAAUAGGUUUAGUUUUUUUAAUUACAAACAUUCAAUGUCAUCUGUAUGAAUAAAAAUGCAAAUGUUCGUCUGUUUAAAA